AUGUACUUCUCAUACAUUUUCUGCUAUGCUCUGCUCGUUGCAUUGGCCUCCUCGUCGACGUUCACUCCACCCGACAUAUUGUGGUUGGACGAAGAAGAAGUCUGCAAGAAGAGUUUAAUUUCGGGGAAAACUCACGUGUGCAAAGUGCUGGACGACUGCAAGACGGCCAUUCAGGACAUUAGGGACAACGUUAAGUAUCCGACCAUUUGCAGUUUCAAAGGCAAAAUGCCAGUGGUGUGCUGUGCGCCGGAGACUGUGACCAGAGAAGAAAGACUAGCCACAGAUGAAGUCAUUCCGGAAAUUUUACCAGGAAUAACUCUGCAUUUCGAAAGCUACAAAGAUGGAUUGGUUGAAGAUAAUCUCAUCACCUACUCAAGACCUCGUCGUCAAAUUGUGUCACGAAUCCGAUAA